AUGACCUCCAUCACGAGCGUACCGGUCGAGGUGUGCGGCCUGAUCGUAGCCCACAUUCCUUCCUCCGACCGCCGAACACUCUACGCCUGCAUGCGCCUCUGCAGGUCCUUCUACGCCGCCGCCUCUCCCCUCCUAUACCACACCAUCACCCUUUCGUCUUACAGCCACGUCACUCCCCUUCUCGACACCAAGCCCACAGCCAUCGGCCGCGGCGCGCUCUCGAAGUACCGCAAGCCGGUCGCCAAGUCGGCGGUCAAGUCCAAGCCGCAGCUGCUGCAGAAAGUCAGGGUGCUGGAGAUGGAUGGAAGGAUAGGCGGACCGUUCGGAGGUGCCAAGGCGGUAGUUCUCCCGAACGUGAGGACACUGCGGAUCGACAUGUCCCUCACGACACUGCUGGCAGAACAACGGGAGGCCGGUCUGCAGACGUGGCUAGACCCCAUGCUCACCGCCGGCAACUACUUUGACAAUGUCACUGGCGUCAAGCCUCAGACCAUCGUCGUCAAACACCUCGCGUUCCACGAGCAGAUCGAAUUUCCCAACGACCUUCCCCUGUCCACUCUGUCGAAUGUAACCCGCAUUAUUUACAUCCUCGACUACACAACGUGGGAUGCGGACUACUUUGGACGCGUCAACGGACGAAGCAACUCUAACCCCUCCUUCGGUCUCCACAACUGGCUGGACAAUCUUUCCGGAGCACCGGACAAGCUCAUCAACGUCGAUAUCGUCUUUUGGACAGCCGGUCCCGGUCUCCACUUCUCCACCCCCGGCAACAAGUACACGUACAUGCGCCGCGCGCCCGGUCAGACAUGGCUCGACUCGUACGCUACCCAUAUCGCGGAAACAUUCCCCUCCUCCGACAAAAUCAAUUUCAACUUCGUCAAUACCGGCUCGUUCGACCGGCACUCGAUCUCGGCGGAAGAGUGGAAUUACUCUGAGGUGGAGGAGGCGUUCAGGAAGAAGGUGCUAGGGGCGCUGGGAGCAGAGGCGGAGGGGAAUCUGCAGCCGGCGGAGGUGGUCAGCUUCAUCGGAAUCCCGGAGUGGAUGGGCGAGCUGAAGGCGGGCGGAGUGAUCAGGGACGAUGUGUUGACGGAGGAGGAGGCGCAGCCGUGGCUUCAGACCAAUCAGGCGGCGGAGGGAGAUGAAGAAGGGAAGCUUGAGAAUUCGUAG